AUGGACGACGACAUCCAGAACAUCGGCGGGAGGGACGACAACACCUUCUUUGACACGUCGACCGACUGUCUGCCGCUCGAAACUCCCGCUCAAGCUAACUUAGUGCCUGCUUUCGUGCAGGAUAGGGACUUAAGUAGCUUCUACGAUCAACUCAUGCAGCAGAACGACCCCGCGCCGCAACUCCAGUCAGCCGCUUCCCAGCAGCAGCAGCAGCAGCAGCAGCAGCAGCAGCAGCAACAGCAGCAACAGCUCCAGCAGCAGCAGCAACAAUCGCAACUUCAACAGCAGCAGCAGAUUCAGCAGCAAGACGGCUCCGUGUCCGCUGCAGCGAUGCGCGGGCGCGGCGAGCACGAGAACCCGCAGAGCUUGUCGGCCAAAUCCCUCGCCGCGGCGCUUCUAGACCCCAAGUCUGACGUGGGCCACCGCAUUCGCUGCUCCGGCGUGGCGGCAUUAACGCCGUCCGAGCAGCAGCUGCUGCUGGCGGCGCUGCAAAAAGAGGCUCAGGAAUCGGCGGCGGCGGCGGCGGCGGCGCAACCCAUCGCACGCAGACCUGCUGCGGAGAUCGUGCCGCGAGUGAAGUCUUUCGGCUCAUCUCCUCCCGCCCGCUUCAGCGAGUUUAACGCCGCAACAGGCGCCGCCGAUCACGGCGCAGGCGGCGCUGGCGAGGACUCCAGGAGCGGCGGACACAGGAAAUCAGCGUCAUUUUCCGUCGGCCAACGGAUCGCCGCUAGCUCCGCCGCGAUGGCCGCCGAUCAUUCGUCGCUAGGAGGUUCGGGUGGUCUACGGUCGAGGCGCGGACUUCCGGACCUACAUCAGGUCCGUGGUUCGAAUGCAGGCCACAGUGGCGGUUCGGGAAUGUCGCCUCUUACCCGUCCGAGCCCCUCCGGGAAGCGCGACGCGGAGGGAAACCUUGUUGUAAGCACGCCAGGACGCUUCUCGACGCUAGGAGCCAGCCCGCGCGGGCCCCUACAAGUGGCGGAAUCGCAAGGGAUGGGCGCAGCCCCCCUGGCGGGAGGAGGCGGGGGAUCCGGAGAUAGCGCGCACCUGUCGAUCAGCCCGGAAGCGGUUUUGGCGGCGGAGCUUUCGAAGAUCGGCGUUUCGCCUGCCGUCAUUGCCGCCGCCGCUGGCGCGUCGGGUCGCAACGUGUCGGGAAGCGGCGGCGGACAGAUAGGAGGCGGCAUGGGGGAUGCUUCCGCACAAUGGGGAAGGGGAGAUCUAAACCCUAAAGCGCGGACGGGGAGUUGGGAAGGCAAGGAAGGGGGGAAAAGACACGCUGGCGCAGGGGGGUUUGCGGGGUCAGGGGGUAUGGCGGGAUUAUUCCCGCAGCAGGACGACAGCCCGCCAGGGGCAAGCGGAAGCGUUUCGAGUGCGCGCAGUCUGGGGGCGCAGCAACAUAUUGCGGGCGGGGGACAGCAGCAGUUGCUGCAGAAGCAGGGAUCCGGAUCAGAUUACUCUAUGGAUGGCCAUACAGAAGGUGCUACAGCGUUUGCCGGCAGUCCCAGCGCCGACGGAGGAGGUGCAGGAGGCGGAGGGGGCGGCGGAAACGCGAACGCGCACAACAACAUGGCUGGGUAUUCUACCAAGCCGCGGAGCGUCGCGGAGCGCAUGCGAAGGGAGAAGAUCACGUCGCGGCUUCAGAAUCUCAAGGAGGUGCUCCCUAAGAUGGACGCUAAGACUGACACGUCAGCGAUGCUGGAAGAUGCGGUGGUAUACAUUCAGUCGCUGCAGGCGCGGUGUAAAGCGCUCGAGCGGCAGAACGGGACCCUGUCGCAGCAGCUGCGCGAAAUCGGGGUUACACCAGCGGUCAUCAGUAACCCUCCGUACGUGGCCAGGUGGUGGUGUCUUUGCAUAUGCUCCAUUCGUUCAUAG